UCCACGCCGGCUGUAGGGAGGGGGCGGUGUUCCGUGGCCGCCUCCCUGGCGGCUCUGGGAAAAUGAGCAGGUAGGAGGCCGACAGCGACCUCCGCGUCUCGGAGCGAACCGUGAGCCUCCCCGUAACGGGAGAGUUCGACUGUCAGCCAAGGUCACCGCGCCCGGCGCAGGGAAGGGGUGGGGCUCGGCUGAGCCCGCGAGACCCGCCCUGCUCGCCGCAGCCCCCGCCCCGCUCGGGCCUCAGGGUCCAAGUAUGGCGACGGCUUUGACGGACCCGGCGCAGGUGUCUGUGACCUUUGAUGAUGUGGCUGUGACUUUCACCCAGGAGGAGUGGGUGCAGCUGGACCUAGCUCAGCGGACCCUGUACCAGGAGGUGAUGCUGGAAAACUGUGGGCUCCUGGUGUCUCUGGGGUGUCCUGUUCCCAGACCUGAGCUGAUCUACCACCUAGAGCAUGGGCAGGAGCCAUGGACCAGGAAGGAAGACCCCUCCCAAGACACGUGUCCAGGCUGCUGAGGACACUGAGGCCAUCUGUCAGGUGUGUGGAUUGGUGCCACUGCAGAGCCUUGGCCUCUGCCCACAUGGGUUCCUCGAGCUGCUCAUCCAACCCUGAGUGUCUGUGCAGUUCCUAUUCAG